AAAUGGCCUCAGAUGUUUCCUCGCUGGGUGCAGCCGUCAGCUCUGGGAACCCUGGACCGGGCACGCAAGCUGGAGGAGCCAUCGCUCAGAGAGCCAACAAGAGGCGUCCCGGGCUUGAUUUUGAUGAUGAUGGAGAAGGGAACAGUAAAUUCCUCAGAUGUGACGAUGACCCAAUGCCAAAUGAUAAAGAGAGAUUUGCCAGGUCUGAUGAUGAACAGAGUUCAGCGGAUAAGGAGAGACUUGCCAGGGAAAAUCACAGCGAGAUUGAACGUAGGCGAAGGAACAAGAUGACUGCCUACAUCACGGAGCUGUCAGACAUGGUGCCCACCUGCAGCGCCCUGGCCCGCAAGCCAGACAAGCUGACCAUCUUGCGCAUGGCUGUCUCUCACAUGAAGUCCCUGCGUGGCACAGGCAAUACCUCCACUGACGGCACCUACAAACCCUCCUUUCUCACUGACCAGGAACUCAAACACCUGAUCCUAGAGGCAGCCGACGGCUUUCUGUUCAUAGUGUCCUGUGAGACCGGGAGGGUGGUCUACGUCUCUGAUUCUGUGACUCCUGUCCUGAACCAGCCCCAGUCCGAAUGGUUUGGCAGCACCCUGUACGACCAGGUGCACCCGGAUGACGUGGGCAAGCUGAGGGAGCAGCUCUCCACGUCGGAGAAUGCACUGACAGAAGGAACCAAACCCUGGUGCCUUUCUAACAAGGAUCCUGCAGCCCCCCCCGAGAAUGCAUCUAAAGGUCGCAUCCUAGAUUUAAAGACGGGGACUGUCAAGAAGGAAGGCCAGCAGUCCAUGAGGAUGUGCAUGGGUUCGCGAAGAUCUUUCAUCUGCCGAAUGAGGUGCGGCAACAGCUCAGUGGAUCCAGUCUCUGUAAAUCGUCUCAGCUUUAUGAGGAAUCGCUGCAGGAAUGGCUUAGGUGCGGCAAAAGACGGCGAACCUCACUACGUGGUGGUGCACUGCACGGGUUACAUAAAAGCCUGGCCCCCUGCAGGUGUGUCGCUGCCUGAUGAUGACCCGGACGCUGGCCAGGGCAGCAAGUUUUGCCUUGUGGCUAUUGGCAGGCUCCAGGUCACUAGCUCACCCAACUGCACAGACAUGAACAAUGUUUGUCAGCCAACAGAGUUCAUCUCCCGACACAACACCGAAGGCAUUUUCACCUUCAUAGAUCACCGCUGCGUGGCUACGGUUGGCUACCAGCCGCAGGAACUUCUGGGGAAAGACAUUGUAGAUUUCUGCCACCCGGAAGACCAGCAGCUUUUGCGGGACAGUUUUCAGCAGGUGGUGAAGUUAAAAGGCCAGGUUCUGUCAGUCAUGUUCCGAUUCCGAUCCAAAAACCGGGAAUGGCUCUGGAUGAGAACCAGCUCCUUUACCUUCCAGAACCCCUACUCGGAUGAAAUUGAGUACAUCAUCUGUACCAACACCAACGUCAAGAACUCGAGCCAGGAGUCUCGGCCUGCUCUGUCCAACUCAAUGCAGAGGCCCCAGCUGGGGCAGAGUGUCAACCUUCCCCUGGAGAUGGGCGCAGCCCAGCUGCCCUCAAGGCAGCAGCAGCCGCCACAACAGACAGAGCUGGAAGUGGUCCCAGGAAGAGAGAGCCUGUCUGGUUACGACCACUCACAGGUUCCUGUUCAGCCUGUGACUGCUGCCGGCCCAGAGCACAGCAAGCCCUUGGAGAAGGCAGACAGCCUUUUUAAACAGGAGCAGGACCCAAGGUUCAGCGAAAUCUACAGCAGCAUCAACACAGAGCAGAACAAAGCCAUUCCUGCCAGCACAGUGCCUGCCAACCAGCCCCUCUUCACGCAGGGGAACACUUUCACCCCAUCGCGACCUGCUGAGAACUUCAGGAGCAGCAGCAUGGUACCUCCUGUGAACAUUAUUCAGCAGCAACCCUCAUCAGCGGGCCGGAUCUUAGCGCAGAUUUCACGCCACUCCAACCCAGCUCAGGUCAGCGGAACCAGCUGGGCUCCAGGGACACGGCCAGCGUUCACACCCCAGCAAGUGACGUCCCAGACGGUGAAGACUCGGCCCCCUUCCUUCAGCAUGGGGACUUUCCAAGGCACCCCGUCCUCCUUCAGCCCCAUGACAGCCCCUGGCUCUACGGCUUCUCCUACGGGGGCUGCUUACCCGAACCUUGCCAACCGUGGCACGGGCUUCACCGCCGAGGCGUCAGUGCAGUCACCGACUUCACGUCGCUGCUCCUCUACAGCCUUGGGCUCCAGCCCUGUGUGCCCUGGGGGGGGAGGGCGGGCGGGAGGGAGGGGAGCACCCUGGUUGGCAGCACCCCCGCUGGCAGCGCCACCCUCGAGCGCAGGCAGUAACGCUCUCCUCGUAUCCUCGCAGGACAUGCUGACGAUGCUGGGAGACCAGGGACCCAACUACAACAACGAGGAGUUCCCAGAGUUGAACAUAUUCCCUUCUUUUUCAGAAUAAAAUAAGCCCUAGGGGAAGCACAUUAUAGCUAUAUCUAAUAUCCACGUGUAAAGGAAAACACCCAAGUCUUUUUUUUUCAAAGACUGAUGAACUUUCUGAACACUUCCCCGCCGUCUGGAGGCGCAGCUCUGCCCGGCAGCCCGAGGACGCGUGGCCGUGCGGGAGGAGGAUGCGGUGGGUUUGGGCGCCUCCUCUGCGCGGUGCCGGCCGCGGGGGACUGCUCGCCUGGAGGCUUCAGGACUCGAGCGCCGCGACAGCAGCCGCGCUCGCCGACCGAAGGCCCCGCGUCUUUCCGCAGCCGCUCGCGGGCGGUUUUCCUUCUGCGUGCUGGGUCGGUCAGAGGGAUUCCUGUCUGGAUUGCAGACGGCCCCUCCAAACUCAUAAGGUGGCUUUUACCGUUUUUAUGUCAAUCUUCUGUACCGUGACUCUUUUUCUAUAAAACACAAAGUAUUGGAACUUUUUAAACACCGGAAGGAACUCUUCCAAGCGUUACCCAUGUGUGGCGCAGUCCUGGAGGACGCCUGCCUGAGAGCCCGUGUGGUCGGCCGGUGUUCUCACCGGAGGGAGCUUGGCCAGCCCUGGAGGGUCGCUCC